AUGGCUCCAAAAACCCUCCUCGUUUUCUGCGAUGGCAGUGGGAAGGAUGGAACUUUGGCACCGCUUAAAAGCUCUGAGCUGGAGGGCCUCGUUUCCGGAAUGUUUGGGUCAUCCGACUCACACCCGGCCUCCGAACGACUUUGUUUAGAAGAUGCUAGCGACGAUAUGUAUGGUAUUCAACUCAGUGUCGACGCAACCUUUGAUUCUGCAGCGGCAAGUGAAGAUAAUGGCGACCAUACAAAAUAUACUACAAAUGUCUUGCGCCUUUGUAAAUUCUCUUUCCGUCCGUCAGGCUGA